AGCCAUUUUCGUUGUCACCGAUAGGGCGAAUGAUAAGGACUGUAACUAACGAAGGAUAUCGCUGUGUUAUUUUUCAAAGAAAACUGUUUCAAUAAUGAUAUGUGUAGAGGAUUUAUUUAUGUGCUCAUUUAGUGUGUCUGUGUUAACUUUUUUCCUCUUCAAAUAACUUUAUUUUGAUUAAACGUGAUCACUGAAUAAAAGAAUACUGUGUCGGUGGCAUCGCUACACACUCGCGUACAGGCAUGAAUGAGACAUCGCCGAGCUGAGUAAUCUCCCCUUUACAAUCGCUUGGAUGUUUUUUGACUUCUUGCUUACCUAUGGGGCAAAUACACCUGUGAACAUGGUCGUUGGACAUAAAAUCAAGAUCUAAAUCAUCCGACGUUGUGACGGCAGUACAAAAUUAAAUAGAUGUAGAUUUUAGUAGGCCUAAUCAAUGAAAUUCUUGUAGAUUCUAUGCACGUCAAAAAGUUUCUUCUUAUCGUAAUUCAGUCCAGUCACGGCAUUGAUUCUUUGUAGCUUUUUUCAUUUGAAAAACGAUGUUGGCUGCUUUGUCGCUCAUGAGGAAAAAUUAAUCGCAAGCGUUUUCUUGCGACAAAAAUGAAGCCUGUUCAUAAAAUAAUGUGUAGACUGCUUCCACAUUCACCAGAAAGUGUUUGUGUUCAUUCUUCUGUGGGAUAUCGGAUCAUGGCUGGAGGUGGAGUCAACAAAACUUUCACAUACAUUUUCAUACUCCUGUUGUUCUUCGUAUCGUCUGCUCAUACAUUUGAAGUACGGCUCGCCAGUGCCGACCCUGGGGGUACCAUAGUAAAUUUUUCAUUGCCAGGCCAUGACUGGAAUUAUGCACUUGAUAAAAAACAUAGCAAAUUCUCACUUCCAUUUAUAUAUUUGAACCACACACAUAGUGGGGCAGUGCAAGCGAAGAAAAAGGUAAACUGUCUUCUAUCAAAACACAACCCCAUGCAGUUCAGCAUCAUAGCUCAAACUGUUUUUAAUAACAUGGAAGCACCUACAGAAGUCAGUGCUUCUUUUCCUUUUUUUGUUUUCCUUGAAGGACAGUGGUGCAAAAAUGUUCAUAGACAUUGGUUAAGGGAAAAAUUAAAGAAAAAUCCCAGCCAUGUAGAUAUAAGUAUAACAGUACCUUCAUCGGAUAGCUGUUUUAGACAGGGAAGAACUGUACUUAGUUUGUAUGAAUUUAUUCCGUUAAACUUUCAUAAAUGUAAAAUUCUUGUCAACCCUCUCUCAUCAAACAUUAUUGUAAAUCACCUGGACUCGGAUAUAUCAUUCAGUCAUGAUGUUUGUGUAGAAAGCAAACUGAAAGUUAAAAUUGAGGUUUCUAUAGCUUGUCAUAAAUCAGAAAAUCAGUUUAUGUUAUAUGUCAUUGCAUUUAAAAAACAGACAGUGGUAGAUGUUUCACCGUCGGUCACCAAGAAUAAAGUGUCGAGGAAUAAAAGGCAAACAAGAAACAGAGCACCUACAUUUGCACAGGCGCAGUAUACAAAAAACGUGAAAGAAGAACAAGAACCUGGCGUGUCAGUUAUCACAAUGUCUGCCACUGAUCCAGAUGAAGGGGAGGCAGGCGUACUCACAUACAGAAUGGAAGCCAAUGCGGAUUUGAGAAGUUUGGACAUGUUUGCCAUCAACCCUGCCACCGGGCUGGUCAACACGACAAAAAGGUUGGACAGGGAGACCAUGGCUUCACAUUCUUUUAAAAUUAUUGCCACAGACAACGCUAUGCCUGGAUCAGAGCGCCGGAGUGCCACUGCCCUUCUCUCCAUCAUUGUAGAUGAUGUCAACGAUCACGCCCCGACCUUCCCAUCAUCUAGUGCCAGGAUUGAAGUAGCUGAAAACCGCGAUGCGAAUCAAGAAGUUUAUGUUGCUAAAGCUGUGGACGGUGACACAGGGGAUAAUGCUGUCAUUAAGUACAGCAUUCUCAACCAAGGACCUCCCAAUGAUGCAUUUUAUAUCGAACCGUUGACUGGUUCAAUCUCUACUCGGGUGAGCUUGGACAGAGAGAAGGUCUCAUCUUAUAGACUCAUUAUUUUAGCUAUUGACCAAGGGGACAUCAACGACAGAAAAACCUCAACUUUCACUUUAUCUAUAAAUGUAGCCGAUGUUAACGACAACAGCCCUCAGUUUUUGCAAGACAGCUACGUGGUUAACAUACGCGAGGACCAGGCGGUCAGCACGACUAAAGAGAUAAUUAACGUGACAGCCACUGACGCGGACGAGGGCGUCAACUCUCAGAUAUCCUACCGUUUGUCAGGUCAGGCUCAGGAUAAGUUUUCUAUUGACAAGUACUCGGGCAAACUUUAUUUAAUUGGAGCUUUGGACUAUGAAGAUGUGUUAUCCUAUCAGCUGAACGUUUGGGCUGAGGACCAAGGAAACCCACCUAGAAGAACAGCCACAAAUGUUAUAGUCAAUGUGAUUGAUGUUAACGACAAUAGUCCAUCUUUCUUUGACUCCACUUAUAAGAAGACAGUUGAUGAGAAUCUACCAAUCGGGACCAGUAUACUACAGGCUCAGGCUGAUGACAGAGACAACGGCAAUAAUGCAUUGAUAACGUACUCAAUUUUAAAUCCCACAAAUCCAUUCCCCUUCCAGAUUGAUCCACAGACCGGUUGGAUUAAAACCACAGGACAGCUGGACAGAGAAACGCAGUCCAGUUACACUUUCAUCGUCCAGGCUAAGGAUAAUGGUGACAAGCCUCUGAGUGCCAAUGUAACUGUUGUCAUCACUCUUAGAGACCUGAACGACAACCCGCCAGUCUUUAAGGCAAGGAGCUACAAUGCAUCUAUAUCAGAGGAAGCCAAUAAGGGGGAUGUGGUUGUCACAGUUAUUGCCACCGAUGCAGACGAGGGGGAUAACGCCAGGAUCACUUACAGUAUUGACAGGGGUAACGACAAAGAUGCUUUUCAGAUAAGGAUGACUAACGGUGAAGGUGUCAUUAGCGUGAACAGAAAGCUGGAUGCACGUGACCAAAACAAGUACGUGCUGGCUGUGUCUGCUACCGACAAGGAUGGGUUCAGUGAUUCUAUAUAUGUAUAUAUAGAUGUCCUUGACACCAACAGGUUCCCUCCUGAGUUCCAGACCAACACCCCUUACAGCUUUGAUGUUAAAGAAGACGUCGACAUCGGCACGUCUGUGUUUUCUGUUGUAGCCGUCGACAGAGACAGGGGGGAAAAUGCUCGGAUAACAUACUCUUUAGAUCCAUCAUCCGUGUUCAGCAUUGAUCCAGACACCGGAGUUAUCCGGACUCGGCAAAAGCUGGACAGAGAAACGGUUUCUGUGUACAUGCUGAUUGCCACUGCUACGGAUAAUGGUAAGCCACCUCAGAAAGAUCAAGCUGAAAUAGCAGUGACAGUGAAAGACGUCAACGACAACAAGCCAGAGUUCCAAAAGGUGAAGUACUUUGGGAAAGUGUCAGAAGAUGCACUGAAAGGUGUCAAAAUCCUGAAUGUUACUGCAACAGACAAAGACGAGGGGGUCAACGGUCAAGUCAGGUACACCUUUUCAAACGGGAACGAUGGUAACGGUGCUUUUAGCAUUGACAAUCAAGGAUGGAUACGUUUGGCGAAAGAAGUAGACAGAGAGACGACUCCAUCGUAUGAUCUGGUUGUUGUCGCAGUGGAUUCAGAUCCGGUGAAUCCGCAGUCAGCUUCAGUCAUCGUCCACAUUGAUGUUGAAGAUGUCAAUGAUAACGCCCCCAUAUUCGAGUCCUCUGUUUUCAAUGUGUUUAUUCAGGAAAACAGCCCUAUUGGUUCUACUGUUGCUACCAUCUCAGCUGUUGACCCAGACGAAGGGGUCAAUGCCCUUAUAAACUACACCAUCGCUAACAAUGCAGACUCCAGCUGUUUCAAGCAAGCCGGGCGACUGGGUGAUCCUGCAAUCAUCAUCACUCUCAUCAAUUUGGAUUACGAGGAUGGGAAACAGCAGUACGAAAUCACUCUCAUUGCCGCGUCUAUAACUCUGAUUUCCUCCGCCAAGGUCAUCAUCAAUGUCCAGGACGUCAACGACAAUAGCCCGGUCCUGGAGGAUUUCUCCAUCAUCUACAACAACUUUGACGGGAUGUUUCCCAGCGGGCCCAUCGGGAGGAUCCCAGCUUAUGACCCCGACGUCUCAGACAGGGAUCGUUUGAUUUACAGGAUCCUCUCAGGGAACAAGGCAGAUCUUCUCUACCUUAAUGAGACCUCAGGGGAGGUGACUCUCAAUCCUAAGCUUAACUCCGAUGUACCACGUACAGGCAUAUUCCAGAUCAGUGUCACUGAUGGUGUUACAGAGGUAAAAGCCACAUGUCGUCUCUGGGUGCGAUUGGUCACUUUGGAUAUGCUGCACAGCGCGGUGACCAUCAGGCUCAACAAAAUGACCCAGACUGCGUUCUUGUCGCCCCUGCUCAAGUUUUUCGUGGAUGGUCUGGCGAACAUCCUGGAGAUUGACGAGUCCAACAUUUUUGUCAUCAACAUCGAAGACGACACGGAUGUAUCCUCACAGAUCCUCAACGUCAGCGUGUCCAUCCGUAAGGAGUCGGUCAUCUUCCAGGGCCAGACCAAAGAUAUCUUCUACACGCCCGAGUACAUCAGGGAGGUCAUCUACCUGCACCGCACUCUGCUGGCCAACUUGUCCACAUCGCAGGUCCUUCCCUUUGAUGACAACCUCUGCCUCGUGGAACCGUGCACCAACUUUGAGGUCUGCAGGUCCCUGGUAAUGCAGGGAGUGGGCCGGCCAUUUAUAUCUUCUAGAACUGUCCUCUUCAGGCCCGUCCACCCUACACAGAUCUUCUCUUGUGUUUGUCCUGAUGGUUUUGCAGGCAUGAACAUGACAAAGAUGUGUGACACUGAGAUUGACCUGUGUUACAGUUUCCCCUGUCAAAACAACGGCCUGUGUCUCAGACAUGAGAGUGGCUACACCUGUCAGUGUCAGCCUGGGUUCACAGGUACAACAUGUCAGUACAACAUGACAGCCAUAUACGACAGCUUGACCUGUCCGUCUGAACAAUGCAAGGGGUCAUCUCACUGCAUGCCCCAGUCGUCUGGUGGUUUUGUGUGUGCUGACUGCCCCCAGGAUGGAUAUCAUGACAAGCAGUGCCAGCUCAGGACUAAGAGCUUUUCUAAAGGAUCUUAUCUCACGUUUCCUUCUUUGAAGUCCAGGAACAGGUUUACUAUUCAACUGCGUUUUGCCACACAAGAGCAAAAUGGCCUUCUUCUGUACAAUGGGAGGUUCAACGGUGAACACGACUUCAUAGCCCUGGAGAUAGUCAACUCACAGAUCAGGUUUUCUUUCUGUCUGGGCUCCAACAUCACAGACUCCGUCACCACCAACGUCAAGGGUGGGGUCAGCACAGGGGAGUGGGUCACUGUCAAGUUGGAAUACGUGUCCAGGAAAGCUACAGUGUCUGUGGGGGUAGACUGUGACCCAGAGAUAGAGAUCAACUUCAUCAGCAGCUUGGGGCCCUACUCAUGUGCUGCUAGGGUGGAACAUGUCCUCUCUAAUGUGUGUGACAAUCCAAUCAAAGAUUGUAACCGUCUCCUGGACCUAACCGGACCUCUACAGAUUGGUGGCAUGCCUGUGAGGCCCAGCAGUAGUCAGGUCAGCAGCUCGGACUUCAUCGGCUGUAUCUCAGAUAUUUACAUCGACUACAAGCUGAUUGAUCUGGACUCCUCCAUAGCUGACUUCUCCACCACUGUGGGCUGUGCUCCUAAGGAACCCAGAUGUGAAGCUGCUCCUUGCAAGCUUGGGGGCCAAUGCAGGGAGGGGUGGAACACCUUCCUGUGUGACUGUCCAGAGAGGACAGGUGGAAAAGAUUGUAGUCAGACUAUUGAAAUCUCCCGAAAGUUGAAUGGCAAUGGAUACCUGUCUUAUACUAACCCAAGUGUUAUACGUUUUCCGUGGUUCAACGGCAUCGCCUUCAGAACAAGAUCAGCUAGUGGUGUCCUCAUGCAGAUUCUUCUCAAUUCUGGGGACGUUGUUUUACAGAUCAUUGAUGGCUAUAUUCGGUACAAUUACCUGUCUACGGUGGCGUCACUCACCAAUGUUAGAGUGGACGAUGGCCAGUGGCACUACUUUGAAGUGAGGUGGUUUGAUAAGGGCAACAUUGAUAUGUUCCUGGAUUAUGGGCAGUAUGAAUGGAAGUUCAACACAUCCACCUCAGUCAUUGGUAAAGAGAUCCAGCUUGUCUAUGUGGGGGCUUUCAGGGAUGGGAACAAACCAAUGGACAAGUUUUUCACUGGAUGUGUGAAGGAUAUUCGGGUAGGGAACACAGCCCAGUCCUUCCUACAGAACCCAGUCAGCAACAAUGUUGAGCAGGGCUGUAGUGGGGGUCAAGUGUGUAACCAGGAUGUUUGUGGUGUUGGUCAGUGUGUUGAUGUGUGGAACAGCUACAACUGUCAAUGUCCAGCAGGCACGAUUGGGCCCAAGUGUCUUGAGAUCUGCACCAACUACAAUCCGUGUAAGAACUGGGCAGAGUGCAAGCAGCCAGCGCCAGGCCAGAGCUCCUACACCUGUGAGUGUGGGGUCAGACAGAGCGGCAAGUACUGCGAGUACCAGGCCCCGGCCACGUGUCCAGCGGGAUGGUGGGGGAAGCCCAUCUGUGGACCCUGCAACUGUAGGUCUGACAAGGGUUUUGAGAACACCUGUAACAAGGAUAAUGGUACCUGUAACUGUAAGGCAUUGCAUUACCUGCCAGCCAACAGUGACACCUGUUUCCCCUGUGACUGCUACAGACUUGGGUCCAAGGAUGUCACGUGCCACCCAACCACUGGUCAGUGUGAGUGUUAUGACGGGGUCGUUGGCCGGCGCUGUGACCAGUGUGACAGCAUCUUUGCCGCUGUGGAGAAGGUGAUGAAGAAGGUUAACGAGACUCAUUACCAGGAGGUGGUCACUUGCCAUGUGUUGUACGAGGAAUGUCCUAGAAACUAUGCAUCAAACAUCUGGUGGGAUCAAAUCACUUUUGGGCUGGAGGCACAGCAGGACUGUCCAGAUGGAGCCACUGGGACUGCCAAACGAAAAUGUACAGAAAAACACAGUUGGUUACAGCCGGAUUUAUUUGGUUGCACCAGCAACAGUUAUCUCAAAUACAACAAUCAGAUAUCUGAGUUUGAAAACGGCAACAUCAGCCCUUACAUAGCCGACUACACACUGACUCAGCUGAAGAACGUGUCCUACACCACCACACCCAUCUACGGGGGAGACAUUUUGACCGUGUUCCGCUUCACCAACAUCACCCUCAACUACGAGAUCUCCCAGAGUGGGCUUGGGAUGAUCAGUCAACAAUAUAGGGAUUUUGUACAGAAACUGCUGGUUGUCCUUAGCAACGUGACAGAUGAAAGCUACUCCCAGUACUGGCAGCAGGUCAACGCCCUGACAGGUGGAGCCACCCGUCUGAUGAACUUGUUUGACAAGUUCAUCACCAAGACUGUUCAGCUCCUGCCUCAAGCUCAGUCAGGAACUUUUGAGGCUGUUUCUGAUGAUAUGGUGCUGGGUGCAGACUGGCUGAACAUCUACAACUUCAGUGGCGCCACCAUUCCUAAAUACGACAACAACGUCAAGAAAGGCUCGGUGGACAAAGAAGUUUCUAUUACCUUCCCGGCAUCCUUGUUUGCCACGUCUGCUGCUGGUACUGGCAGUGUGACAAAUCCAGAAACAGCUAAAGCCUAUUUUGGUUAUGUGGUUUAUCGAGACUUUGGAAAACAUGUUAGCAUGAACGUUGACUCCAGUAUAAGACGCACAGGCAGACCUCUGACAGUGAACAGUGCAAUUUUCUCUGUGAUCAUCUCGGAUAAGGAAAACAUAACUCAAGGCUACAUCUCAGACCCAGUUACCCUGAACUUCAGGCUGACCCUGCCUAACAACAGGACCAACAUGAAUUGUGUUAGAUGGGUGCCCAGCUCUUCUGAUGAAGCUUCUGGCAUGUGGACCGCAUCUGGCUGUAGAACAAAAACCACCAGCUGUCAAAUUACUGUCACAUCCGACAAGUGUGAGGAAUACUACGUCACCUGCGAAUGCAAUCACCUCUCCACCUACACCAUCAUCAUCGACGUAGCUGACGGAACUGCUCUGCUCCCGGCUAUAAUGGACAUGGAGGCGGUGACCUACGUGCUGACCGCCAUAUCUCUGAUCCUGCUCUUGGUCUCCUUCUUUGCCCUGUUCACCUUCAAGAGACUCCAGUGCAACUGGAACAGCAUCCGCAUCAACAUCAUCUUCUCCAUCUUCAUCGUAGACCUGGCCUAUGUGAUAGGGAUCAACAAGACCUCACCCGAGUUGUUCUGUAGGCUGAUAGCCAUCUCCUUGCACUACUUCUACAUGGCAUGUUUUGCCUGGUUGUUUGUUGAAAUGCUCCACAUCUAUCGCAUGUUGACUGAGAAACAGACCAUUAACUACGGCUCUAUGAAGUUCUAUUACCUUCUCGGCUAUGUACUGCCUGGUAUAAUUGUGGGAUUGGCAGUGGGACUCUAUACAGAAGCCUAUGGGAACCCAAGUUUCUGUUGGCUGUCGACUUCUGAAACUUUUAUAUGGAGCUUUGCUGGGCCAAUAGCUUUUGUUAUUGUGAUCAAUGUGAUUACCUUUUUCUUUGCUGCCAAAGCCAGCUGUGGCGAGAAAAUUCCAGUCUCAGAUGUCAGUGUUAUCAGAUUUGGACUGUUGUCAGCCAUCUUUCUCCUAUUUCUGUUGAGUGUAACAUGGAUACUGGGACUUCUCACAGUUAACUUUGGAGUUAUGGCCCUUCACUACAUACAUGCCGUAUUCAUCUUCUUUGAGGGAGUUUUUAUAUUCUUAGUCUACAUCUUGUUCAAUAAAAAGGUCAGAUUGUGUGCAAAGAGAUUCUACUACAGAAUGAAGGGUAAAAAAGUUGAGUUUGAUGAAAAUUUGUCUUCAGCCAGAAGCUCAAUGCACCACUCACGUUCUGCGUUAGCUUAUCGCAAUGACUCAGCAAAAGAAAGUCCGCUGCGUAUCAACAGUAUUGGGAUUUCCACAACAUCCACCACGUCUCAGUCUAGCAAGAGUAGCCAUCUUGCCAAGGGAGACAAAUAUCUGCAGAGCACCAGCAGCUCCACCUCUGAUGGACCUGGUGUCCCUCCAAGGGCGUAUAACUAUGAAUCUUCUUUCAAGGACAAAGUUCAGGAAGAGUGUGAUGGCGCAGACAAAGAUGACUCUGACUCAGACAGUGACGCCAGCAUGGACAGAAACAGCCUUGAACUUGCCUCCAGCCACUCCUCUGAUGAAGACGAUGAGUUUGACAUUGGCCCUGGGUGGGAGAAACAAGUGCCCAAAACUAAAGUAGUUGAGCAAGCAUUAGAACAACUGGAAAAGAAGAAAAAGGAGAAGGAACGAGAGCGUUUAGGAAAUAUUGACUUUGAUGAUGAUCACCCACUGGAGAGGAUAGACAGAGACCACAGUCCAGAUGCCAGGAUGAUGGGCUCACAAUCACAGCUGAUAAAUCCUCCCGAUGUCACUCUCUCAGCACUACAGCAGUCUAACAGACCUGUAUUACCUCCCUUGAGAUCUGAUAGCCUCCCCUACAACACAAGACAACCCACACAAGCAAUUCAAGUUUUAACCCACAAUGGCAGCCUCUCAUCUGAUACAGAAUCAAGUGAGACAACAAUAUGAUGCAAUUUACCCAUGUGUGUGCCUGCUUUAAUUGUAUACAAACUGCUGAUUGGUUUUAGUUUGUGCUACUCAUUUUAAAUGUUUUUUUUUUAAUCCAUUCCAUGUUUUUAAAGUAGUUUGGCUUUUGUUGUGCCUGCACUAUCUGUAUUGUGGUGGAUUGGAUGUGUGUGCUUUGAUGGGCUGACAAAGGCAGACAACUUGUGAACACAAACUUCAUCAAUUUGCUCAUAUUAUUUAUAAUUUACUGCUUGUGAAUUAUGGAAAAUAGAGAUCUGUGAUAUAUAAAUUUUAUUUUCCUUCAUAAAUUAUAUCGUAUAAUUACAUCAUAAUUUUUAAGAUAGACAUCUGAAGUUUUUUUAUUUGAAAUUUUCAUGUCAAAAUAGUACUAAGCUAUUUGUCAGCCUUUUCCUAGUUUUUAUAUUUGCAACAUUUAUAGUGGCAAUAGUAUACAAUAAUUUAUUGACUAAAAAAAUUAUUGUUUGUGGUAGGAUCAUACUUUGUUACUGUGUUGUUUAGCCAGUGGUAGAUAAAAACAGUGAUCACAAAAUGCUCUGUUGUCUUAAUAUUGUUUGUGUUACUUUAUAAAUCUGUUCAAUUACUAACUAGCCCUUUUUGACAUGAGUAUAACUUUUAUUAUAAGUUACCAUAUAUAAUAUAAUUCACAGAACUAUAAAUAUAUAUUUAUGCAUGUAAAAAAAAACAACUAAUUUUAUUAACUUGGUUGAACCAAAUUACUAAUGAUGAAAAAAAAAACAUUAAAAUAAAGAUGAGUUGUUUCAACUUACAUUUUUAAAAGUGUGACCACAAGUAAUCAAUGUAUUAAACCACUCAAUUCUAAAUAUUUUAUUUUUUACAAUAUAAUUAGAAAAACUAAAGUUUGUUUUAUGUGUUCUUAAUGUGAAUAAGUUAAAAUGUAAAAUAUCAAUAAAUAAUGAACAUAGCAAAUUAUCAUUGACAACUCAUCAGAUCAUUAUAGCUAAUGUACAAAGUUUUGAGCUACUUAACACAAGACUAAAGCAUCCCCUCAUCACUGUAAAUAUUUUCUUUUGGGUUGCCACUGUUCUUAAGCAUUAAUGUUUUUAUUGUAGAUAUUAACCAGCCACAUGUACCAGAAUCGUUAUUGUGAAUAUUGUGCCAAGUAUUGUUAGGUUUUUUGAUCUUAAUAAAUCCUGUUUUAUAUGCACAAAUUGAUUUUUAAAUGUUUGUCAUUAAAUAAUGCAUACCACUUGUCUCAUGCAAAUUUUUUUUUUUCAUCUUUGUUUGCGCAUUUUUAAAUUGUUUUAACGAUAAAGCCUUUUCAAUUAACAAAUCUAAUAAAGUGCAGCUUUUUUAAAAAAAAGUUUAGUUGAAGUUGAAGGCAUGUUUACAUUAUAAUUAUUAUACAUUUUUGUUUAAAGAAAAACACAUUGUAUGAGCUGUCUCAAUGCUCAGUCAGUGUUUAUGAAAUCCUGUAAUGUUAUCACUCUAUGUAUAAGAUGCUGUUUUAUACUUUUUAUUUUGUGGCCUGUCCUUAUAUGCAAAAGAAAAACCAUAUUCUGCUCUUUAUUGAAGAGCUUAAAUGCUUCUUUACUUAUUUAUAUACAUUUAUACUGUUUUCUUUUUAAUACUUAUUUUGACAUGAAAUGUUUUUUUGAAACUAUUUACAAGUCCCCACUGAUUUGAUAAACAUAUGAACAAGAUUGAUUUGAAUGUAACAUUAUAAGAAUGUGAAUGGCUUGCCUUAAGAGAUUUGGUUAUGAUAAAUAAAAGAAUGACCUAAUUUCA